CACUUCUGCACGCUUUUUACGCGCACGGUGGGAAGCUAAUUAAAGUGGAUAUCUGACUCCUUCAUUCUCGCAGGGGGCCAAACGUCAGAGUACCCGUUUAAAACGCAGAUAUCUUUCAUGUGCAUGAUGGUGUGAUUAAUUUCACUUGAGUUGUUGGGUUAAAGCACUCUGUCUUGAAGUCACUCUGCACCAUGACGAACUCAUGAGCGCUUAGUGUACAGUGGAUUUUUUGGAAAGCAGUCUCCCCCAUCUGGAAAAGAAAGGUUUCAAACGCACAUUUUCAAAACUCAACGAAAGCCCUUCAACUAGCACUUUUGAACUCUGUCGAGAUGGGAAUGGCAUCGCUCCCGUGCGCUCUCUGCAUAAUAUGGAUAUUUCUGAUCUGUCAUUCGACGGGAACGAGAUAUAUUUACCAGUUUCCCGGCGUAACUGUUCAACGUGUCAGCUCGGAGCGGAGCGCGAGUACCGGUUCACCUCUCAGCGGAUCAAACACCCAGCCCAGGAACUGGUGCCAGUUCACAGUGUCGAGGACGGUGACAUGCCAGGUGCGCAAUGGGACAGAGACCACAGUGCAGAGAGUGUUCCAAGGCUGCCGCUGGCCAGGACUCUGCUCCAAACUCAUCAGCUACAGGACCGUGGUCAGGCAGUCUUACAAAGUGGCCUAUCGGCAGGUCACUGCUCUGGAGUGGAGGUGCUGUCCUGGGUUUUCAGGAGAUCAAUGUCAACUAGAGUGUAUGAACUGCACCGGCUUCACUGACAUGAACAGCAGACUGAAAUACAUCGAGUCCAAGAUUAAACUGCUAGACGGGGCAGGUUCACCAUCACCAUCCUUCAACAACUCAACAGAAGUUUCCAGUGAUAACGAGGUGUACACCCCUAACCCCACCCCCAUAGGCCUUCCAUCCUACCUGGAGCCAGGAGGAAGAGGACCACCAGGGCCAAUCGGAUCACCAGGUAUUCCAGGCCCAGCUGGCGAGGCAGGGGUUCCAGGACAGACCGGACUGACAGGGCCAAUGGGAGAGCGAGGAAGACCAGGAGAGAUCGGUUUUCCAGGCCUCCCCGGACCUCCAGGCCCUCCAAGGCCACGUCACUCCUCUAACCAGCCGAGGGGUGACAUGUUCGGGUUCGACGAGCAGGAGGAAGCACCUCUUACUCCAGCUCUUCCUGAGUUCGUAGCCGGUCCACCUGGUCCACCUGGUCCCCUUGGACCCCCAGGUCCCCCUGGACCAAUCGGACCAGCAGGAGUUCCAGGUCUCCCAGGGCGAGACGCAGAGGGAGGCCUCCAAGGCACGGCUGGGGACCCAGGGUCUAAAGGAGACACAGGGGAGAGGGGACCUCCAGGAUUAACAGGGGAGCAUGGCCAGCCUGGGCAGUCUGGGCAGAAGGGGGAGCCAGGAGAGGGUUUACCUGAGGGGGGAACUGAGGGAGUGCAGCAGCUGAGGGAAGCUCUCAAGAUCCUGGCAGAGAGAGUUCUGAUUCUGGAACACAUGAUUGGCAUCCACGAGAGUCCACUGGAGUCCGGCUCUGGACUGGAGAGCCACCCAGAUUCCUUCUCAUUUCCCGCCAUGAGGACCAGGAAGGCCGAGUUCACCAUCAAGACAGGACAACUUCAGCCUCUCCAACUCUCCUCCAAUCCUCAAGGAAACAAUCUCCCUAUAGUGGUCAGACUGAGACGAGGUCUUUUUUAAGACACCGAUGAAUUUGAUUCGAUUUUUUUUUUAGGGGGUAGAUCAGCUUUAAUAUUGCAGAUAGAUUGCACCUUCCGUCAAUGUAAUUGUCUGCAUCAUUUCCAAACCCCCAUGUAUUGUUUUUUUAAUAAAUAUAUAUACAGGGCAUUUGGAAAGUAUUCAGACCACCUGACUUUUUCCACAUUUUAUUACAUUACAGCCUUAUUCUGAAAUAGAUUUUUUUUUAAUGUUUCCCCUCAUUAAAAUCUACACACAAUAUCUCACAAUGACAACGCGAAAACAGGCUUUUAAAAAUGUUUGCAAAUGUAUUACAAAUAAAAACUAUCACACAGGAAAUAAAAUAAAUAUUAUAAAACUCCUUGCACACAGAACACCCAGCUGGUGAUGGUGAUAUAACUGAGUAGAACAAUCCUUCUACACCAGACUAGACUGACACCAUUACCUACAUCCUUCAUCCAUUUACAGAAGUAUUCAGACCCUUCACUCAAUACUUUCUUGAAGCACCUUUGGCAGCGAUUACAUCCUCGAGUCUUCUUGGGUAUGACGCUACAAGUUUGGCACACCUGUAUUUGGGGAGUUUCUCCCAUUCUUCUCUGAAGAUCCUCUCAAGCUCUGUCAGGCUGGAUGGGGAGCUUUGCUGCACAGCUAUUUUCAGGUCUCUCCAGAGAUGUUAGAUCGGGCUCAAGUCCGGGCUCUGGCUGGGCCUUUCAAGGAUAUCCAGAGUCUUGUCCCAAAGCCAGGUUUGCCUAGUUCGGUUCCCAACGUGAAGCAUGGAGGAGGUGUGAUGAUGUGUGGGUGCUAUGUUGUUGACACUGUCAGUGAUUUAUUUAUAAUUCAAGGCACACUUAACCAGCAUGGCUACCACAGCAUUCUGCAGUGAUACGCCAUCCCAUCUGGUUUGCGCUUAGUGGGAUUAUCAUUAGUUUUUCAACAGGACAAUGACCCAACACACCUCCAGGCUGUGUAAGGGCUACUUGACCAAGAAGGAGAGUGAUGGGGUGAUGCAUCAGAUGACCUGGCCUCCACAAUCCCCUGACCUCAACCCAAUUGAGAUAGUUUAGAAUGAGUUGGAACACAGAGUGAAGGAAAAGCAGCCAACAAAUGCUCAGCAUAUGUUAGGAACUCCGUCAAAACUGUAGGAAAAUCACUCAUCUCUGGUUGAGAGAAUGCCAAGAGUGUGCAAAGCUGUCAUCAAGGCAAAGGGCGCCUUCUUUGAAGAAUCUAAAAUAUAUUUAGAUUUCUUUAACACUUUUUUGGUUACUACAUGAUUCCAUGUGUGUUAUUUCAUAGUUUUGAUGUCUUCACCAUUUAUUCUACAAUGUAGAAAUAGUAAAAAUAAGAAAAACCCUUCAAUGAGUAGGUGUGUCCAAACUUUUGACUGGUACAGUGUAUAUAUAUAUAUAUAUAUAUUAAUUUUACCCCCUUCUCUUUCCAAUUUCGUGGUAUCCAAUUGUUAGUAACACAACCCAACCAAGUCGCACUGCUUCUUGACACAGCGCGCAUCCAACCCGGAAGCCACCCGCACCAAUGUGCCAGAGGAAACACCGUGCACCUGGCGAGCGCUCACUGCGCCCGGCCCACCACAGGAGUCGCUGGUGCGUGAUGAGACAAGGAUAUCCCUACCGGCCAAACCCUCCCUAACCAGGACGACGCUAGGCCAAUUGUGCGUCGCCCCAGUGACCUCCCGGUCGGCUGCGACAGAGCCUGGGCACGAACCCAGAGUCUCUGGUGGCACAGCUGGCACUGCAAUGCAGCGCCCUAGACCACUGCGCCACCCGGGAGGCCGUAUGUAUAUUUUCCUUUAUUAUUUCCCCUAACCUUCCCACCUCUCCCCCAAUUGGAGUAAACUAACGGACAACAACAUUUAAGCUUCUACUUCCAGCUUAUACAUAUUAUAUACAUUUUACGGACACAAUGUAUUUUACAAUAGGAAUCUUUUGUUUAUUUAUUAUCCCAUCCUUCACCUAGGCCUCGGCCUCUCCCAUCUAGCUCUGAAGACCAUCCAGUCCCAUGCUUCACCUAGGCCUCGGCCUCUCCCAUCUAGCUCUGAAGACCAUCCAGUCCCAUCCUUCACCUAGGCCUCGGCCUCUCCCAUCUAGCUCUGAAGACCAUCCAGUCCCAUCCUUCACCUAGGCCUCGGCCUCUCCCAUCUAGCUCUGAAGAACAUCCAGUCCCAUGCUUCACCUAGGCCUCGGCCUCUCCCAUCUAGCUCUGAAGACCAUCCAGUCCAUGCUUCACCUAGGCCUCGACCUCUCCCAUCUAGCUCUGAAGACCAUCCAGUCCCAUCCUUCACCUAGGCCUCGACCUCUCCCAUCUAGCUCUGAAGACCAUCCAGUCCAUCCUUCACCUAGGCCUCGACCUCUCCCAUCUAGCUCUGAAGACCAUCCAGUUUGAUUUCAAUUUGCCAUAUAUUUUUAACUGUGCUGUUUCACAAAUGUUCUGAACCUAUUUUAUAGACACAGUGUAUUUUACAUGAGUUAUCUUGUUGUUUUUAGUCCCACCCUUCAGCUCCACUCAACCCCUCCCAUCUAUAUCUUAACACCAUCCAUUUGAUAUAUAUAUAUAUAUAUAUAUUUAUAUAUAAUUUAUAUAUAAUCUGUGCUGUGCAGUGAUGUUUCACAAAAGUUCUGAACCUUUGUAUUCUCAAAUUUUCUACAGAUUGUAAAUUAAAUAUAAAAAAUGUUUCUAAAAGUGUUAUUAUUGAUUGAAGACUGUGACUUUUCAAGUCACCCAGCAGUGUGAUUUGCAGAAUUAGCUCCAGGUAAAUGUUGCAAUUCUUCAGCCAUUUCUGGACCUGCGAACCAAAAACAAGCUACAGUGUAUUCAGGAAGCGAAAGGUAAUUCAGACCCCUUGACUUUUUCCACAUUUUGAUACGUUACAGCCUUAUUAAAUAAAUGUAUUAAAUAAAUGUUUUUCCUAAUCAAUCUACACACAAUACCCCAUAAUCACAAAGUAAAAACAGGUUUUUAUAAUUUUUUUGCUAACCUGGCACUAUCCCUACGGUGAAGCACGGUGGUGGCAGCAUCAUGCUGUGGUGAUGUUUUUCAGCGGCAGGGACUGGGAGACUAGUCAGGAUCGAGGCAAGGAUGAACGGAGAAAAGCACACAGAGAUCCUUGAUUGUUGGUUGUUAUUUUGGGUAGAGCAGACAUUUUAUAUAUAUUUUUGUUAGAUGCAUGUGUGACAACUCCACCAGUCCUAUUUAUGAAAUAAUUUACAAAUACUCUUUUUGUAUUAUUAUUCUUUUUUUGUAUCAAUUAGUAUAUCUGAGUUUAACCACAAUAUUUGUUGUAUUAUUUGUUUUGUCUUUUUUGAUGGAUUAAACAAAAAAUUGCA